AUGCCAUUUGCUCACCACCUACUGGCCAAAGCCGGGCCAAAUGCUUGGGUUGUGGGUUUAGUCCCUUGUGCUAGAGGUGGCACUUUAAUUGAGCAAUGGAUUAAAAAUCCUAGCAAUCCUAAUGCAACAUUUUAUAAAAAAUUUAUUGAAAGAAUCAAAGCAUCAGAUAAAGAUGGUGGGGUUGUGCGUGCUCUUUUCUGGUUUCAAAGAGAAAGUGAUGCAGCCAUGAGUGACACUGCUCAUAGAUACAAGGACAACCUAAAAUUUUUUUUCACUGACAUCCGUAAUGACAUAAAGCCUCGAUUUUUGCCCAUCAUUUUAGCUAAAAUAGCCGCCUAUGAUCCUUUUAUGAAGCAUGAUACUCAUGAUUUGGUAGCAGUAAGGGCAGCACAAGAAGAAGUUAGCAAGGAACUACCAGAUAUUUUGACUAUUGAUGUUUUGCAAUUACCUAUAAACUUCAGAACAAAAGCAGGCUUUAACCUAGAUCAUGCACACUUUAAUACCAACACUGAGAUUGUUGUGGGUAAAUAG